AUGGCGCGGACGAAAUCGGAGGUCUUAAAGGCCUCUCAGGCCUCUGGCAAGACCAAGGGGACGAAGAAGUCCGGCAAGACCAAAGGGAAGAAUCAGGCUGCGGCCUCGAGUAGCGACCAGCUCGUCUCCGACGGCGCCGAAGGAGCGAAGAGGACAACCCCGGGGAGCAGGGCCAAGCAGGAGGUUCGCUUCUACCAGGCCAGCACUGAGUUGCUGGUACCGAAGACGAACUUUCAGCGACUUGUCCGAGAGAUCUGUGGCAAGCUGGGUCCGUAUCGGUUCGAAGUGCAGGCGCUUUUGGCGCUGCAGGAGGCCGCGGAGACGUUCCUCACGGGCCUCAUGGAGGAUGCGAGCCUCUUCUGUCUCCAUGGGCGUCGGGUUACUGUGAUGCAGCGGGAUUUGCAGUUGUCACGCCGCAUCCGCAGCUACAGCGACUCAGGCAAAAGCGCAGCCAUAUUUCCUUGUAACGUAUAA